AUGCCGACAAACACCACCACCAACGCAGCCGGUUUCCACCAAUGGAACUCCCCCAUUCCUUACCUCUUUUGUGGCCUGGGCCUCACGUUAGGACUUAUCGCUCUGGCAUUGGUGCUUCUUGCUUGCGCCUUUCGAAGGUCUCCCUCCAACUCAUCCACCCAAGAGGAAGAAAAACCAGUUAAGGAGGUGGAGAAGCAGACGGACAUGGAGCCGAGGUUCGUGGUGAUCAUGCCCGGAGAUGACAAACCCAAGUUCCUGGCGAAGCCUGCCGCCUCAGAUCGGCAAAGCGAGCAAGUUUGA